AGUCGCGUAGACGCCGCCGUAGCGAUAGCACGUAUGCGUGAAGUUUUUUUUGCUUAAUAUUAACGUGUUUUUAACGAUUACACGAAGAAACGUGACAGAAUGACUGUCACCAAUAUCAACUCUCAGCCAGAAUACGAGAAUUACGUUAAGUCACAGGAUCUUUCAGUCAUUCACUUCUACGCGCCAUGGGCCGAUCAGUGCUCACAAAUAAACGACGUAAUCGAGGAGAUGAGCAAAUUGACCGAGUACAAAGGGGUCAAGUUUGCCAAAAUCGAAGCUGAGAAAGUACCUGAAGUGUCCCUGAAAACUGAUAUUACUGCAGUACCGACAAUUGUUCUGGCAAGAAAUGACACUGUACUUGACAGAGUUGAUGGAGCCAAUCCAUCGGCUAUAGCAGAGAAAAUUAAGCAGCAUUUGACAAACAAGGAAACCAUUCCAAUUGAAGCAUGUAAACCUAAAGAAAAUUUGGAGGAUAGGCUAAAGAAAUUGAUAAAUCAAGGACCAUGUAUGCUGUUCAUGAAGGGAAACCCUACAAAUCCGCGUUGUGGAUUUUCUAGAACAAUAGUUUCUAUCUUAGAUUCUUAUAAGGCAGACUAUCAAACAUUUGACAUUUUACAAGAUAAUGAUGUUAGAGAAGGACUUAAAAAGUUUAGUGAUUGGCCCACAUAUCCCCAAUUGUAUAUAAAUGGAGAACUUAUCGGAGGAUUGGAUAUUAUAAAGGAGAUGAGCCAGGAUGGAGAACUGGAAAGAAUACUACCUAAGAAGAGUUAAUACAACAGAAAUGUGAGUCUCCAUUCUCACAUGUAGCUAUGUUCAAUAGGGGAUGCUGGUCACUAUUUUAACAUAAUUAUUCUUAAAUUAUUUUACAUCAGUUGUAAGGAUUUCAAUAUUUGCUCUGUUGAAAUAUGUAAUAAAUUAAAC